AUGCAAUCAGAGACAUUACAAAGUUCGCAAAAGGUUUCUCUCGACGCGUUGAGCUACUCUUUGCCUUCCAAACCAGCCACUGUAGCCAGAAGAAACCAGCGAGAGAGGAAUCGAGUGAGACUGGUAAACCUGGGAUUUGCGAAUCUUCGGCAACACGUGCCCAACAAUACCAAGAAUAAGAAAAUGAGCAAAGUUGAAACGCUAAGAUCGGCAGUGGAAUACAUCAGACAGUUACAGAGACUCCUGUCUCAGAAUGAUGACACAAAACACGAAGAAGAACACAGAUACUUUCAACUUUCUGACGCAGCCUACUUUCCAGACACAGAAACAAACUUCACCUGCUCCAAAGAUCACGGAAACUUGACAAGUUCUCCUUGUUCUAGCCUAAACUCCGAAAUACUGGCCGCCUAUGAAACCCCUGGGUUUGAAGUUAAGUUAGCCAACGGAGAUUUGGAAUUUGAAAAUUUACAAUCAACUAGACCAUUCUGUUACGAUCCAGCACCAGCAGUUAUUCUGCUCGGAUCUGAUAACCACGAAUUACACAGCACCGACUGCUAUGAAAGUCAACAUCACCGAAGUUCUCCUAACGUUGCCAACGUUACAAGAUACUCGCUUCAGGUAGAUCGUGUUUUUCACGAGGGCUGGUAA